AUGCCUCGCCGCAAGUUCAUCGACAAGAAGACUGCGAUCAACUACCGCCUCGUCCACCGCGCCCAGAAUGACCCGCGAAUCCACGAUGAAGACGCUCCCCAGAUGGUCUUCGCCGAGACCAGCGCAGCCAACCUGCGCGAAGGCGACGAGCCUGCGGGCAGCUCACGCGCGUCGCAGUAUUCUUCGGCAACCGGACGGAGCAAAGUCAAGUCAAGAGGCGAUCUAGAGAGCGAGUACGGGGACAGGGUGCGAGACAACGAGGGUGAAGCCGCCAACUACGGCAUCUUCUACGACGACAGCAAGUACGACUACAUGCAGCACAUGCGCGACCUGAACGCUGGAGGAGGAGAUGCCUACUUUGUCGAAGCAAAGGAAGAGAAGAAGAAGGGCAAGGAGAAGUUCGACCUAGCGGAUGCCCUGAAGAACGCCUCACUGGACGACCGGCAAAGCGACGCCGGCUACAGCAUGAACAGCAGCGUCAGCAGCGUCAGCGAUGUAUUCGGCGAGGACAUGGCGCCCUCUGAGUUCGUCCGCAAAACCACAUACCAAGACCAGCAGAACAUCCCCGAUGCGCUCGCCGGCUUCCAGCCAGACAUGGACCCACGCCUUCGGGAAGUGCUUGAAGCUCUCGACGAUGACGCCUAUGUAGACGACGACGAAGACAUCUUCGACUCGUUACAGGAAGACGGAUUCGAGCUCAACCAGCGCGAGUUCCAAGCCGCUGGCGCCUUUGACGCAGAACGGGACACACUGGACCGCUUCCUCGACGAAGACGACGAAGGCUGGGAGUCGGACGACACCGUCAAGGCCUCUUCCCCGUCCCAACAACCCAAGCCCGCCGAACCACUCCAGCCAGGCGAGCUCCCUGCGCCAGAUGAAGCGCCGCCGCUCGCAGACGCAGGCGACAUGGCGUACAUGGCGGAGUUCAGCAAGUUCAAAAACGACGUCAAGGCCAGCAAAGCACCCAAGCCCGUGGCACCCUCGGACAUGCAGUCCUCCAUCAUGACAGGCGCAUCAGCACUGACAGCCGGCGGGCGACGCAAGAAGCGCAAGGGCGCCUUGACCAGCACGUCGGGCUACUCCAUGUCCUCGUCGGCACUCCACCGCACAGACGCCCUCUCGCUGCUAGACGAGCGGUUCGAGAAGAUGGAAGAAGAGUAUGCAGACGACGGCUUCGACUUCCCCGACGACGCGUCCAUGGUGUCCGGCAUGUCCAAGAUGUCCGGCCUCUCCAAGAUGUCCGGCAUGACGGGCGUCAGCCAGUGGUCUGGCAGCGAGGCUCCGCCCCUGCGCUCCGACUUUGACAGCAUCAUGGACGACUUCCUCGGCAACCACAUGACGGUCGGCAAGUCCGGGCGCCAUGUCAGGAAGGGCAAGGUCGCUACGGGCAUGGAGCAGCUGGAUGAGGUGAGGCAGGGGCUGGGCAAGGCGCGGAUGAGCGAUAGGACGCAGCAGCGGUAUGGCGCGCAGAAGGCGCAGUUUCUUUGA